AUGUUGCUUCCGUGCUUGCUAGCACUUCUCGGAUUCGUUUCAGCACAGCAAAGCGCAAGGGAGUUGCGGCCAUGUUUUCAACGUUAUGCGAAUAUACGACUAGUGAAUGUGAAACCAUACCACAGCGAAUGGAGAAUGAAGAGUGAAGACAAUUGCUUGUCUUUCUGCAGUGAUACCGCGUCUCGUUGUCGUUCAAUCGUCUACGAUUCGGUGCAACACAUCUGCCACUUUUUCCUGGACGAAGGUGCCGAUGUCACCGUCCCUGCUGCAAAGAUGAUCUACUUACGGGUAGUCAGCACGGAUUGUUUGACUCGUUCACAACAGUCUAAUGAAGUGAACAGCGUCCAUUCACAAGAGGAUCUCGCCGCUCCUUCUGCGGUUGCAUUUUCAUCUAUGGAAGACGAACAUGACCUACAAUCCAUGCAGUUUACGAUUCCGCCAACUUCAUUAGUGAAAGAAGAAAUGAAUACUGAAUUACCGGCAACGACAGAAAUGACUACUGAGGCUGUCACUCUGCCGUCAACUACAGUCGUACCAGUAUCUGAGAUGCCAAGCAGUCAUUUGGUGGAAAUGUGGAGACCGGUGAAACCAAAACUAGAGGAAUACGCCAACAAACCGCUGAAGGAGGAAUUCAUGGAAAAAUCGCUGGAAAAAGAGUAUCUAGAAAAUCCGCUGAAGGAGGAAAACAUGGAUGCAAACGUAUUGAGAGAUAUCAACGCUCCGAUAUCAAUGGAUAGGAGAUGGCAGUCAUCAAUGGAACAGCUUACUAAGAACACUGAUGAUCUUAUGUUCAAGAGCGGUGGAGACGUCCUCACGAGCACCGAAGCGAUGUCAUCGUCAGAGACUGCAUAUUCUUCAAUAAGGGGAAAAGAAAAUAUGAGCUUGUCGAAGCGGCUGCAACAGAAGCUGGAACAACUGAAAGAGAAACAUCCGGACAGAUACGUUGAUUUUCUAGCCGGUAAAAGUAGGAACUCAUUCCCCAUCACAAAGGACGAGACAACCACAACGUCCGAAGCUGAAGUCCUAGAAGCAAAUGUCAUGAAUACAGCAUCAUUUAUUACGCCGACGAAGCCCAAAAGUCCGAGAGCGCAAUUCUUUGCGAAGAGAAUCAACUUUUCCGACGACUAUCCCUUUGUGAGGAAGCAGAAAGAAGGAGGAGAAACGGACAUCAGACGGCAAGAGCCGAGGAAACCUAAACAAGUAAAGUUAAACUCUGCUCCAUCCUUCAUGCAUAAAGCGCGCUCAUUCUUGAGCAACAUCUUGGGAGGAGGAAGUGGAGAUGACAGUAGCAAGCAGAUUGAAAGCUCUGCGGAGCUGACAGCACCGCAGAAAGCCUGCUCCACUGGUCAUCACAUCCCAAUAUGGCUGAGCUUUGAGAACUCAGUUGGCAGCGAGUUCAUUGAUAGCAGCUAUGUCAAGGACCUGAAAGCCUGCAAAAAUAUGUGCGAUGAGAACUGCAACUCCUUCACUUAUUUCGAUGACGGCCAAUGCAUGAUCAAUGUUGAUCAGGGUGGUGUGCACUUGAGAAGACCGAAACGAGACCAACUUGCCACUCGGACAGAUCUCAAAUUUUGCUAUCCGGACAAUAUUGAAGCGUACAAUGAUUGCUCAACAUUUGCCGGAUAUCGCGACCAUACUCUAAAUGUUGAGCCGCGCGAAGUUUUCGAUGGACUUCCACCUGGUUACGAAGGUCUCAAACUCUGCAUGGAACUAUGCGUUCUCAGUACACAAUACACUUGCAGGUCAGCAUCCUACCUCACACUGGAGGGAACAUGCUCGCUCAGUGAUAAGGACUCUAGCCAAGCUCCGUCACGAUUCGAGCGUUCAGAUGUCGUCGGACAACUGUAUAUUGAAAAUGGAUGCAUUGGAAAUUAUGCUGGCAGUCUUCGCAUUGACGACACAGCCGUCAGCAUACAGCGAGUCACUAUGAAGCCAAAAAUUUCCAUUGCUAAAGCGCUCCAAGUCAAACCAAUCAAGUCGAGGAGACGCUCAACAAAAUCAAGAGGGAUAGUGUAAACCCGGACACUAUCAAAUGAAACAUCGGCUAUGGAUGGAGACUUUAGCACAGAGCUCAAGCUGGUGUUUUUCAUUCAGUG